CCGCCAAACAAGGCAAGCAGCAAGUGGGCACAAGCUUAUCAGUUCAGCAUGGAGGAGCCUCCCUCCAGACUCGGAGAAUUUUAGGGCCUGGGCUCGGAUCGCCUCCCGCAGUUUCAGGGGCUCAGAUGAGGAAACGGGAUAGGCGCACUGCCACGUGUCCCUGCGUCUGUGGAGUCGAUAUUAAGCUUACGAUAGCAGCAAGGGGAAGUGGAGCGUUGAGGUUCUGCGGGGCAGGGCGUCGGGUUCCUUGCCCAGCCUGCCCGCAUCCCGUAUUUGGGGGAUGCGGCUGUCCAACUCUCUGCCGUCCGGCACCGCGAUGCGAACCCGCCUCCGAGCUAAUCUCCGGAGAUAUCGGCCGAGCUCCCCGCGACCACACCUUGGCGCGCCUGGCAAGCCUCGCUUUCCCUUCGCAGACCGAGACGCAAAAAACGCAGCAGACCCAAGACACCAACGGAAUCGACGCCGGAAGACCAAAACAUGUCCAGCACAACUCCGGACCGUGACUUCCUCCUCGCCCUGGCCCAUACCGACGUCUUCACUCCACUCCCGGCCACGACCCUCGCCGCCGUUCUUGCCUCGCCGCCCUUCGUGUCCAUCCCGGACACCUUCAACGCCCGCGACCUCGGGCUCGUCCCGGGCUCGCCCAUCCCCCCGGGGCGGCUCUACCGCACGGCCGUCUUCCCGACCGAGGUGUCGGCCGAGGGCCGGGCCGCGCUCCGGGAGCGGCUGGGCGUGGGCAGGAUGGUCGACCUGCGCACGGCGGGCGAGCGGGCGCGCCGGCCGGAGCCCGCGGUCGACGGGGUCGAGGAGAUCUGGAUCGAGCCCGAGGAGGGCUUGGCGCCGAACUUGGACGACUUCGGGGAGGGCGAGGGCGAGAAGGGCGCGGUCCGUAUGUACCUGGACGUGCUGCGGCUGUACCGGGGGGGUAUCCGGGCGGUGCUGGAACAGGUCAGGGACGGGUGGGAGCGGGGGGCGGUGCUGUUCCAUUGUAAUGCGGGACGAGAUCGCACUGGCGUCGUGGCUGCCAUCUUGCUGAGCCUGGCGGGCGCCGGCGCCGAGACGAUCGCGCUCGACUACCUGCUGUCGAGAAUUGGCAUCGAGCCGGCGAAAGAGCAGCUGCUUGCCUAUGUGACGAAAGGACGGAUGGCUGCAAACAUGGACGCGCGCGGGUUCAGGAACAUGGCCAACCUGAAACUCGGUUGCUGGGAGGCGUUCGUCAAGGCCGUGGACGCCGAGUAUGGCGGGUUUGAGGGUUACGUCAGGGGCCCUCUAGGGUUAUCCGAAGAAGACGUCGCCAAGAUCAAGAACAACCUCGUGUUUCCGAAUUGAGCAGUCGCGGUCUCGGUCUUGGUUUCAAUCAAACAAGAAAUUUAUUUCGUCUCCAAACCAAUCGCGGAAGAUAACUAGCUUUGCUGCCUCAGGUUCACUUGAGCAAGUCUUUGACUAGAAUGCGGCCAGGGUUUUGAUCCCAACGGCCGCCAAUACCAGUGACGUCAUACUGUUGCCUUGUAACCCGGAACACGCAAGAACCCCUGAUCAAUUGGC